AAGCAUUCAAGAAGAUCUACGUCCUUUAGUAGAAGCCAUUCAGAGUGCAUCGGAGCCCAGCGAGAAAAGGAAGGUUUUAAUACAGGCUUGGAAAUUUUAAAGAAUACUGCGACCUCAGUUACCAGCAUCCAAGAGGCUCGCCGGUCAAUACAGCAAAUUUGCGAGAGACAGUCGCAGGCUAUGAAGACCGACCAAUCCAACACGACGUCCAUAACCCAGAGCCUAGACGCCCUAAGACACGACAUAUCCAUAAACCACAAAUCGCACGAUCGAAACAUAGCAUCAACAAGCCAAUCUUUGGUACAAAUGGCGGGUGAUUUGAGCGCUUUACGCCAAGACACUACAUCGUCGUCGAGCCAAAUACAGGCACUACUCUUAGAACAUCGAGACGAGAUUCGCAGGGAAUUUCAAGCCAAGAAUAACAAUCUAGCCGAACUCGUUUGCGCUCAAGUCAUCGCCUAUCCUACCAAGCUACUCCAAGAUAUCCUAGAUAAACUCAGCGCCCCCAUGGUUUUAACAAUUCAACAGGCUCAUGAAGGCAAAGAUCAUUCGACCAAUUCUCAGGAUUCGGCCCUGGAGUUCGAUUUGCAACGCGGGACGGCCAGACUGGAACUCUCAAACCGGGCGGCCCAACCUCGUCUAGGGCUAGAUGAUCUCGUGAAACCCCACAAGUACCCAAAUCCAUUAAGAUGUAGCUGCAGGUCCAAGAGGUCUACGACACGAUGGGACUAUAAGCAGUUCUGGUUCCGGAUCGAGAAUAACGCAGUACAGGGCUGUUCUAUACAUGGGAGGAAACAGGAACGGGCCUACUCUAUAGAGGCAAAAUUAAGCCCAUUCCUCAAACGAACUUUGGUCUUUACUCUUGGCUACCUCAAGGAGAAAAAUAGCCCCGAAAUGGCGCUUUCUCUCAAGCUCAAGUCUGUGGUCGAAAGAGCUAAAAGUCCUAUUUUCAGUUUAUUUGAUAGUUUCUUCGACGAAAGGACCGUCAAUGUGCCCAAGGGCCAAACUUCUGCAUGUCGACAACGCGAAAUAGGCCUAUUAGAAGAGGAUGGACUAGGGGGACGUGUAUUGACAUGGGUCAAUCGAAUCUGGAGAGGCUUCCGGUAGCGACAUAGAUGAGAACGGGUGCACCUUGCUUACGGAAGCGAUAAGAUUUAUGAUGCCGUUUUCUCAAUCUAGAUGUAUAGUAAGCCUAUUAUCUCGACUGGUUCAAAUCGCUCACACCUUCAAUGUCG